AUGUUGUGCUGGCGACGAAACAGACAGUUUCCAGCGAAAUUGGUAGCACAUAAUUUAAAGAGGACUAAAAUUACAAACUAUUUGGUGGGGUUCACACAUCUGCAUUCACAUUCAUCAAUGAUAACGAGCCUUGAAGCGUCUGUCAAUUUUAUAUCAAAAGCUAUUGACCUUUAUGAUUUUAAAAAUGCUCUCAAACCGUUGACUGUGGGUGUUAGUGGACCGCAGGGAUCAGGUAAAACCUAUUUAGCAUCAUGCUUGACCAAGACCCUAGAACACAAUAACCCCAAUUUACGAUUCACACAAUUCCUGAUUGAUGAUUUCUAUCUAACACGUUCAGAGCAAGAAAAAGUGACCCAAGUAGCGGUAAAAGAUGAAAAUAAACUACUCCAAGGAAGAGGUUUACCUGGAACCCAUGACUUGAAAUUACUAAAGGAUGUACUUCACCAAAUUUGUGGCAACUAUAAAAGCCAGUGGGUACCAGUAAAGAUUCCUUCAUAUGAUAAGUCUGCGUUUGGAGGUUUGGGAGAUCGUCUAGAGACAGACGAAAAUGUACUCCAAGAGCCAGUGGAUGUUAUUAUCUGCGAAGGUUGGUUUAAUGGAUUCAUGCCGUUGGACGAAGACUUGGUUACUCUAAGGUACUUAACAAGUCCAGUUGACUCAAUUUUACAACGACAUAAGCUUUACCAAAUCCGCGAUAUCAAUAACCAGCUUUCGAGUUACGUUCCCAUCUGGGAAAUAUUUUCUCACUUUAUCAUACUACAAACGGAUACUAUUGAAAAUGUUUACAAAUGGAGACUAGAGCAGGAACAUGCAUUGAUUGCUCUUAAAAGUCAAGGAAUGAGUGAUGAUGAGGUGAUACUGUUUGUCGAUAGGUACAUGCCGAUGUAUCUUUUGUGCUACGAGCAACUCUGUGAGCAAGGACUUGAGAACGCUCAAAGCCUUACCUUGUCGAUUGAUUUCCAUCGUCAAUUGCUAAAAGUAAAAACAUUAGACGAUACUUAA